UAAAGAGAAGCUAAGAGUAGAAGAAGAAAAGCGGAAGUGUGCACCGUGUAAACAAUCGAGUCAGCGAGUAGUGUUAGGAAUGAAGUCUCCUAAUAUAGUGUCGAAUGUUUGUAAAAGUAAUAAAUCGACGUGUUAAGAAUGUUGCCAUGUCUCAAGUGAUAUUUUAAAUUAACAAGGUGCGGGCUGUGUGUGGCCACCAUGCCGUAUCUGGGCAGUGAGGACACGGUGAGGGAGCUGAGGAGAUCUCUGUCUAACCCCAACGUCCAGUCUGACCAGCUGCGCUACAGGAACACCAUCCUCAAAGUCAUCCGGGCGAUGUCUCAGGGUGUGGAUGUAUCAGGCCUGUUCAGUGAGAUGGUAAAAGCAUGUGCUACAGUAGACAUUGUCCAGAAGAAACUGGUCUACGUGUUCCUGUGUUCCUAUGCCACUUUAAACCCCGAGCUGUCUCUGCUGGUCAUCAACACGCUGAGGAAAGACUGUCAGGAUCCUAACCCCAUGGUCCGCAGCCUGGCCCUGAGGAACAUGACCAACCUCAGGUUAACCAGUCUGGUGGAGUAUGUGGAGCAGCCUCUGACAGCAGGACUGAGGGACAGAGCAGCGUGUGUACGACGAGUGGCUGUACUCGGCUGGGCCAAACUACACAAUCUCCAACCCAACUCUGAGAUAGAUGCUGCGGUGGUGAAUGAGCUGUACACCCUGCUGAGGGAUCCAGACCCUGUGGUGAUGGUGAACUGCCUCCGAGCUCUGGAGGAGAUCCUGAAGGAGGAGGGAGGAGUGGCUAUUAAUAAACCCAUCACCCAUCACCUCCUCAACAGGUUGAAGGAGUCUGACGUCUGGGGUCAGUGUGAGGUGCUGAAGAUCCUCCAGCGCUACCGGCCUCAGUCAGAAGACGAGCUGUUUGACAUCCUGUCCCUGCUGGACGCCUCGCUGGUCAGCCCCCACCCCCCAGUCAUGGCCGCCACCCUCAGCCUCUUCCUCGGUCUCUGCUCCGGCCUGCCUGCUGUCAGUCUGGCGGCUCUGGAGCGAGUACGUGGCCCCCUGCUGGCCGCCUGUGGGAGCGUGUCCAGAGAGAUGAGGUUCACUGCCCUCUGCCACAUACAGUUGCUGCUGCGUUCUAUCCCUGGUCUGAUGGGGGCGCACUACAAACGUUUCUUCUGUGGCUAUGCUGAGCCAGCAUACAUCAAGCAAAGGAAGAUGCAGGUACUGGUGGAGCUGGUGAAUGAUGAGAAUGUAGCCAUGUUACUGGAUGAGCUGAAGGGAUACUGCACUGAUGUCAACACUGACACUGCCCAGGCGGCAAUCUCAGCUAUAGGUCGUAUUGGAAGGAGCUACAGCGACAGAUGUCUGGAGAUCCUUACUGGACUACUCGGGCUCAAACAGGAGCACAUCACUUCUGCCGUGGUGCAGACGAUGCGUGACCUGGUCUGGGUGUGUCCUCAGUGUAGCGACACGGUUUGUGUGGCUCUCGAGGGCUGUGAGGAGACGCUGCAGGAUAGCCAGGGCAGGCAAGCCUUGCUGUGGUUGCUGGCCGUGUAUGGGGAGCGAAUCUCCAGCGCCCCCUACACGUUGGAGGUGUUCAUUGAUGGAGUGAGGAGCGAGGCCUCUCUUGGAGUCAAGAUGGAGCUGCUGACGACCACCAUGAGGCUGUUUUUGUGCCGGCCUGCUGAGACACAAGACAUGCUUGGAAGACUGUUGCACUACUGCAUAGAGGAGGAGACGGACAUGUGCGUGCGUGAUCAGGCCCUUCUCUACUACCGCCUGUUGCAUUGUGGGAUAGAAGAGACGCAAAAGGUCCUCCAGGGACGGAGGUCAGACCCUUCCCUGGGUGUUCUAAUUGGCCGCCCCGCAGAGUCCAUCAGCCAGUGGGCGUGCAGCUUUAACACUCUCAAGCCUCUGAGGCAGAGCACCAUAGAGUCAGCCAGCAGAGGAAGCCCUGAACAUGUGACCUUUGACCCCAAGCCUAACACUGACCUCUCAAACACACUGAACUGUAGCCAAAUUGAGAAGCUUCAUUCAGUCUCAGACAGUACCAGUGAGUGUACAGACUCCUCCGCUGAUGUCCUCACUUCAAGCGUCGCGGCCCCCCUCAGUUUGUCCCUCACACCUGCUCUCAGCCCAGAGGAGUUUGAGCGCCUGUGGCUGCAGCAACAAGUUUUACAUGUUGAGCAAGGUGCUGAGAAACUAGAAAAGGAAGAGGAUUAUGUAUUCUUGGUAGAACGCAUCCGAUGCCCUGUGAUAGUUCACUGUUCACCACAAAGCCUUCAGGCUGCGAUGCAGCUGGUCAAUAUCCAGACACUGGCCUUCACACCGCUGCACACACUCCCCUGGAGAGUGUACCUGUACACACACACCCAGCACGCACAAUGUGGCGGCGCAUCCCACAGCACGCUCAUAGUUGGGGAGCUGCUGUACACUGGAGAGGCAAAUCAGAGGGUAGUAGUAGUAAAGAAAUGCAUGGAUAAUGGAAAUGUGGAGGGCAGGCAAGAGGAGCAGGUGGAAGAGGAAGCCACUGCUACUGGGCUGAGCGGGAGAGGGUCAGUGAGAAGAUAUGGAGAAGAGGAGGAAGUAAAAGUGACUCUUAAGCAACAACCAAGAGAUAGCAAAGCUUUGAAGGGGUUUCUCUCCAUCCUCACCACUGUACUGCACACUCUGUCCUCAGAGAGAACUUAAAUAUGCAUUACACACACGCAUACAAACACACAUCAUUGUACUUACCAGACAUGUCGGUCAACUCAUUUGGUCUCAAGUAAUGUCCCAGUUAAUGUUUUCUUAGUUAAGAUAAGUCAAGUCCAUGGUCCGAUCACUAUUUCCCCCCAAAGAUACUGCAGUCUUAUUAGUCUUUAUAAAGAGAAAAGAUAAGGUAUUAGUACCUGUCUAAUAUUUAUAUUAUUGGCCAAUUUAUCUAACAUGUACCAAAAUGUAUACAAAAAGUACCUCAAUUAAUUAAAUGUUUAUUAUAAUUAUUGAUAUUCAGUGUAAAUGUAAUCAAACAAAAAGCAAAUAACUUAAAAGCUUAAUUAUUCCUUAAAUUCUUCUUAAUUAAAACAGUUUCCAAUCAUGACAAUGGCAUUCCCAGUGUGCGCUCAUUUACCGGGUAACGCUACACAGACAUGUCAGCAUUGAGCAUUUCAAUUCAAAUUGAAAAUGAAAACGAGGAAUGUUCUCAAACAACUUAUUCCAAUUUUCAUGCAUCGGGUCAUGAUUUCACGACAAUAGCUGGCUGAGUGGUGUUUGUAAAUGCAAGCACAAACGCAUGAACUGACUUAAAAUAAUAAAACAUAUGGAUUCCUCCAGCA